UCUGGUUGAAUAGACACAAAUCCUUGUUUGGAAAUAGAUGUGGCUGCUGCCAGUAAAGGAAAUAAAGUUGGCAAUAGUGAAAAUUAUUGGUGCUGCGUUUCGCCUCUCGUAUCACUCUGCUGUUAUCAUCGAAACGGACGUAACUUAUAAACCGAUAUGUGGUGAACGUGGUGCUUCAGGGCACCUUGAAUUAUGAAACGGUCCUGACGAACGCAUGGCACAAGUAUGUGAAAAUUACAUGGUGCAUUCACUUCUACGAAUGCAGUUUCUCCAGCGUGGUCUAUCUUACAUCGUGGGUAGGAUAGUAGUCCACCACGUGUGUAACAAAGUUUCUCUCGUGAAACCGUCUGUCAGAAGCGUCACUGUUACCGCCAGUCUACCUGAUUUUAGCCGGUGGGGCACCAACAAAGUGAACAGGAGAUUGAAAAUUGCCCUCGCGCUCGAUAUGACAGAUCCUAAAGUCGAGGAAGUCCUAGCACCGCUCCGGGCAAGUGUCAAGGAACAAGGUGAUUAUGUACGGAAGUUAAAGUUUGAUGGUGCUCCAGAGUUGGACAUUAAAAAAGCUGUAGCAGAAUUAAAGCUACGCAAGAAAGUACUAGAGGAUAAGGAACUGUCAUUGGCUUCCAAUAACAUAACAUUCGACAAAGCAAGAAUGGAAGAUCUCUUGAAGCGUAGAUUCUUCUUAGAUCAUUCCUUUGCAAUUUAUGGUGGUAUCACUGGUCAAUAUGAUUUUGGACCUAUGGGUUGUUCAUUGAAAACCAACAUAUUAAAUUUUUGGAGGAACUUCUUUGUGCUGGAGGAACAGAUGCUGGAGGUUGACUGUUCUAUUUUGACACCCGAACCAGUGCUAAAGGCAUCUGGUCAUGUAGAGCGUUUUGCCGAUCUGAUGGUUAAGGAUAUAAAGACUGGCGAAUGUUUUCGACUUGAUCACUUAAUCAAGGCACACUUGGAAAAAAUAAUCUGUGAUAAGAAGACUGACGAGGAAACUCGCGAGGAAUGCAGGGACAUCAUCAUCAAACUGGACGGAAUGACAAAAGACGAGAUGGCUGCAAUCUUGUUGAAGUACAACAUGAAAUCGCCGAUAUCUGGUAACGAUUUGACAGAACCGAUGGAGUUCAAUCUGAUGUUUGGCACACAAAUAGGCCCAACUGGCCUUAUUAAGGGUUUUCUGAGACCGGAGACGGCCCAAGGUAUCUUCGUGAACUUCAAACGACUACUAGCCUUCAAUCAGGAGCGACUUCCGUUCGCAGCAGCGCAAAUCGGCAAUGCUUUCAGGAACGAGAUUUCGCCGCGAUCCGGUCUCAUACGCGUCCGCGAGUUCACUAUGGCGGAGAUCGAGCAUUUCUGCGACCCGAGCAACAAGAGUCAUUCCAAGUUUGAAACGGUCAAGGAUAUCGACAUGCUGCUGUAUUCCGCCUGUAAUCAGAUGGAUGGCAAGAGCGCGCAACGCAUCACCAUAGGCGAAGCCGUAACUUCCGGCCUCGUGGCGAAUGAGACCCUUGGUUACUUUAUGGCGCGAAUUCAUCAGUUCCUGUUGAAGGUCGGCGUUGACCCAGUCCGCUUACGUUUCCGUCAGCAUAUGAGCAACGAGAUGGCGCAUUACGCCUGCGACUGUUGGGACGCCGAGUGUCUUACCUCCUAUGGCUGGGUCGAAUGCGUGGGCUGCGCAGACCGUUCCGCGUAUGACCUGACACAACACACUCGAGCUACCGGCGUAAAGCUGGUAGCAGAGAAGAAGUUACCCGCCCCGAAAACGGUGGCCGUUUGCGAGGUCGUACCGAACAGGGUGGUGAUUGGCAAAACAUUCAAGAAGAACAGCAAAGCUGUGCAAGACGCAUUAGUGACUUUGGAUGAGAAUGAGAUCAUCUCUUUGGAGAAAGUUAUCAAUGAGAACGGCGAGUAUGAACUUGCGUUGGCCGAUAAUAUCGUGAAGAUCACUAAGGAUAUGAUAGAGGUGAAGCGUUAUCAGAAGACUGUUCACGUAGAGGAAAUUGUACCUUCAGUGAUCGAACCCUCCUUCGGCAUCGGUCGUAUCAUGUACGCUCUGUUCGAACAUAACUUCCGGACGAGGGAGGGUGACGAGAAGAGAACGUACUUUACCUUGCCGCCUGUGAUAGCACCGUUGAAGUGCUCGGUGUUACCACUCAGUGGCAAUGACGAAUUUGUACCGUUCGUCAAAAAAUUAUCGCAAGCUCUCACGAAAGCAGACAUAUCGCAUAAAGUGGACGACUCUUCCGGCAGUAUAGGUCGCAGGUAUGCUCGUACUGACGAAAUAGCGAUACCGUUCGGUAUUACCAUCGAUUUCGAUACCCUGAAGACGCCGCACAGCGCGACGCUCCGAGACAGAGAUAGCAUGGGACAAGUUAGGAUAAACUUGGAUGAGCUGCCUGGUGUCGUGAAAGAUCUCUCCUAUGGCAGAACUACUUGGAUGGAAGUAGAGACAAAGUAUCCCAAAUUCGAGCAACAAGAAUCUACGGAAUCGUGAAGAACAUAGAUAGACCAGCGAAUGUAAUUUAUUUGUAGUAGAUAGAAGCUUGUAAUAACACAAGAUUUAUAUUAAGACAUAUAUAAUUUGUACGAUAUAUAAUAACGUAUGGAUUGCAUAUUUAUCACAGAUAUUUUCUACAUUCAGCAUUGAGGUGUCUAUCAGAUAAAUAUAUUAUUAAAUUAAUAUUAUUCUAAAUUAAUCGAGCAAAUUAAUUCUUCAGAA